AUGUUAAGAGUGCUGCACAACCUCAAGUCGUUUCGAUCCACCGUUCCACUUCAGAGUUUCCAGGUUAUAACAGAGUUAAGGUCGUUUUUGGGUAAAAGAAUGUCUUCUACAACUGUCUGGAGCAUGAGAGAACGUUCUCCUUCUUCCUAUUCACUAAAGAUCCAAAACUUCUCCCAACUUGAGAAAUCAACUCUUUCCUCUGAUGGCAAAUAUCAAUCCCGUAUCUUCUCCUCUGGUGGCUACGACUGGAAACUGAUAUUGUAUCCGAAAGGGAACGAUAAUGACAACGGAAGUGACUUUAUUUCAAUGUAUUUGAAAUUAGAUAGCACUAGCUUGUCCUCCAAACCAUCAACUGAGGUGUUCGCGGAUUUUCGGUUUUUCGUCUUUAACAAAAAAUCAAACAAGUACUUUACCAUUCAAGAUGUAGAACCGAAGCCGUUCAAUAGUUUAAGAUCUAUGUGGGGAGUACCGCAAGUGCUUCCGCUUAAUAUAUUCAAAGACCCUGAAAAUGGAUUUGUCAGUACUCAAGGUCAAUGCGAGUUUGGUGUUGAUGUCAUUGUUGCUCCACCCCCUACUAAUUGGGAAAUCAUCUGUUUUAAUGACAAACUCCCUUAUCCCAAAUUCUCUUGGAGAGUUAAGAAUUUCUUUGAGCUGAAAGAGCAUUGUCACAGGUCACGCAAGUUUACAAUUGAGGGAAGAAAAUGGAUUCUAGAGUUGUAUCCCAAUGCCUGCUUAACACGGGACCGAGGCAAAUGGAUCUCCAUUUUUCUGACUCUCGAAGAGAGUGAAGGACUUGACCAAGAUGAAAAGAUUUUCAAGCAAGCUAAUAUUCGAGUGCUAGACCCACGUGGAUCCAACCAUUUGUCAUGUUCAUGUACGAGGUGGCACGACAAAUUAUAUCCAAGUUGGGGGUUAGCUCAUUUUGUGUCUAUGGAUGAUCUUAGGAAGAUUUACUUGGACGUGGAAGGCGCUUUGAAUAUAGAGCUUGAAUUUGAUGUUGUUUCCACAACCAGAUUCUCACCCCGCCUUUGA